GUGCUGGAUAGUACUAUCGAUAGUUCUACACUUCUAACGUAAACAUUUGCUGAGGUUAGAAUUUGGCAAUGGCUUUGGACAGUUGUACUUCUAAUGUUAGUCCCGCACUAGCAGUUCGUUCUAGCGUUGGAGUGGAACUAUGGGCUUGCGAAAAUACAGAUUUGCAAUACGUGUACAAAUCGAGUCUUCCUCGGGAGGAAACUCGGAAUUGUCGAUCCAUAUCAUUCAGUUCUGAUGGUCACUAUUUCGCUUAUUCAAAUGGCAAUGAAGUUAAGGUACUGAAUACACUGGAUUGGAAAGUCAAAUGUACGCUGCCUCGUCCAAAAGCCUUUUACCUCAAAUUCUCGCCGAUUGGAAAUUAUAUAUCGACAUGGGAGUUGUAUACUGUUACCAAAGACAAACCGGAGGGUUCCUCAAAUAUGUUCAUUUACGAUCUUAGUUCCGGAUCAGAAGUGUUUGAUAUUGUACAAAAAAAUCAAACUGAUUGGGAGCCAUCAUGGUCGACAGACGAGUCACUUUUUGCCAUAGUAAUAGGAGGCGAAGCACUGUUUUAUGAUCUAUCUGGUGACUGUAAAAAUUUUAAUACCUUUACGCGAAAGAUUGGAGGUAGCAGGGGCGCUGUUGUAUCUUUGUCCCCAGGCGCUAGUCCACCUUGUGUAGCGGUAUACACGCCUGGUGCUAAAGGAGGGCCUUCAAUGUGCAAACUGUACAAGUAUCCUUCACUUUCACAAAACCAAGCUAUCGCUUGUAAAAGUUUUUUUCAAGCUGAUCGUGUUGAUUUACUUUGGAACAAGCGUGGGUCCGGAAUACUUCUACUGACUUCUACCGAAGUUGAUAAAAGUGGGGCAUCAUAUUAUGGAAAUCAAGCGCUUCAUUUUAUGGCGACGAAAGGAGACUCGUGCUCCGUGCCGUUAUCAAAAGAAGGACCUGUUCACUGCGUUAAAUGGAGCCCAAAAGCAACUGAAUUCGUUGUUGUUUACGGAUUUAUGCCUUCAAAGGCAGCCUUAUACAACCUAAAAUGUGAUGUAGUUUACGAUUUCGGAGAGGGACCACGGAAUUGUGCAUUCUUUAAUCCUUUCGGAAAUCUUUUAGCUUUAGCAGGAUUUGGUAAUUUGCCCGGGAACGUAGAGAUUUGGGACAUAAAAAAGAAGGAAAUAUUAACCAACAUAAAAUGCCCCGAUACAACAUAUUUCGAAUGGAAUCCUAACGGCAUAUAUUUUAUUACAGCAACAACAGCACCAAGACUACGAAUCGGAAAUGGGUUUAAAGUGUACCAUUACUCUGGUGCCCUCGUGCACGAAACAAUAUGGCCUCAGGGACAAGAACUUUUAGGGAUCGAAUGGCAGAAAUAUGCUGACGGCACGUUUGAGGAACCAAUAAUAACAAAAGUUAAGCCCGAAGGGAUAAAAUCGAGUUUACCAGAGGCCAGUAAUAAAGCUUAUACUCCCCCACACCUUCGGAUGCUAAAGGAAGGAAAGGAUCCAGAACAAUUUAUGCCCCGUCCACAAGGAAAACCUAAUGUAACCCUGCCAGGUUCAUCUGCCAGCAGGAAGGGAGGAUUGAAAUCAAUGGCUGAUAAAUCUAAUAAGACAAAAAAUAAGAAAGAACUAGGCGUUGCAAAAAGUGGAGAGAAGAACUUAAGUUGUAAAAACGGCACGGAGUCGACUGUCGAUGAGUUUCAUUGCCAAAAUCGGAAGCACAAGCCGGCUAAGCAAGUAUUGGUAAAAGAAACAGAUUCGAUAAACGUUUUAAACGAUGGUCCUCAAGAAAUCCUCAAACAAGGACCCAAAAAGUCCGGUAAUCCUGAAAAAGAAAAAAAGAUUCGCCACGUAGCUAAAAAGUUGUCUGACAUUAAAAAAUUAAAGUUACGUCAAGAGCAAGGAGAAACACUUGAACUAAAUCAGCUCAAUAAAAUUUCCAUGGAGGCUAAGUUUUUGGAAGAAUUAAAAAUUUUAAAGAUGACUACGUAAUAGACCAGCAUUUUAAAUUGUGAUACAAAAUUUUGUCAUUGCCUUAACUUUAUUAUUAAGUUUACAAAUACAUAUGUAAAUUAAAAAUAUGAGAUUAAGAAUUAAUCUUUAUUUUAUAUUUGCUUUUGUAUUAUGUACAAAGCAUAUUGUAAUUAAUGCGUGAACAACAGAACAACAAUAAUCACGUGAACAGCUAUUAAUGACAAUAAACUUAUGUUCGGUAGACGCCUCCAUUGCAA